UGGCGCUCCCUUCGACCGCCGGGCGCCGGGUGCUGCAGUCGCCGGCCGAACAUGGCGCCGUGGACGUUCUGGCGCUGCUGCCAGCGCAGCGUGGGCUGGGUGCCGGUGCUCUUCAUCACCUUCGUGGUCGCCUGGUCCUACUACGCGUACGUGGUGGAGCUGUGCGUGUUUACUCUGUCUGGAAAUGGAGAAAACGGAAAGGCCGUUGUUUACCUUGUGGCUUUCCAUCUGUUCUUUGUUAUGUUUGUAUGGUCCUAUUGGAUGACAAUUUUCACAUCUCCCGCUUCCCCCUCCAAAGAGUUCUACUUGUCAAAUUCUGAAAAGGAACGUUACGAAAAGGAAUUCAGCCAAGAAAGACAACAAGAAAUUUUGAGAAGAGCAGCAAGAGACUUACCUAUCUAUACUACGUCGGCUUCAAGGACCAUCAGAUACUGUGAAAGAUGUCAGUUGAUUAAACCUGACCGCGCGCAUCACUGCUCAGCAUGUGACAUAUGUAUUCUUAAGAUGGAUCAUCACUGUCCUUGGGUGAAUAACUGUGUAGGAUUUUCUAAUUACAAAUUCUUCCUGCUGUUUUUAUUAUACUCCCUAUUAUAUUGCCUUUUUGUGGCUGCAACAGUUUUACAGUACUUUAUAAAAUUUUGGACGAAUGAACUCGCAGAUACACGUGCAAAAUUCCACGUACUUUUUCUUUUCUUUGUGUCUACCAUGUUCUUCAUCAGCGUCCUGUCACUUUUCAGCUACCACUGCUGGCUAGUUGGGAAAAAUAGAACAACAAUAGAAUCAUUCCGUGCACCCACAUUUUCAUAUGGACCUGAUGGAAAUGGUUUCUCUCUUGGAUACAGUAAAAAUUGGAGACAAGUUUUUGGUGAUGAAAAGAAAUAUUGGCUACUUCCAACAUAUUCAAGCUUGGGUGAUGGUUGCAGUUUUCCAACUCGCCUUGUGGGGAUGGAUCCAGAACAAGCUUCUGUUACAAACCAGAAUGAAUAUGCCAGAAGUAUUGGCCCAAAUCAACCCUUUCCUAUCAAACCACUUAGUGAAUCAAAAAACCGUCUAUUGGACAAUGAAUCUCAAUGGAUAGAGAAUGGAUCUGAAGAAGGCAUUGUCAGAUCAGGGACAAAUAACCAUGUUACAGUGGCAAUAGAAAAUUGAGUACCACUUGUUCAUAAGUAACCAUUUGAAUAAGAGCAAGGUAUAUGAAAGCAUUACUGACUGAUAUUUUCAGUUUUAUUUGCAAGAAAAUAACCAAUGGAAUUAAAUUGAAGUAUAACAGAAGAUAAAUAGAGAGAGAGAGAUAUUUUUUUUAAAUGGAAGCCUUUGUGCAGAUCGCUGGAGCCACAGAGUACUACUGCAGGAGCAGGGAGAUGCCUUAAUCUUAAUGCCCAUUCAUGCAACAUUGGCUUACAGCUACAAAAAUGACUUCAUUUUACUUUGGAAAUAACAUGAUAUAAGAUGCUGUAAUAUGAGCUACCAAAUCACAUGUUAACAUGGCAUACUUAUUUUUUGAUACCUGAGUUACAUUAUUAGAGUUGUUUCUUAGUAUCCACAUAAAUUUUCUCUGUAGAAACACAAGCUACAAACUUGUUUUAAGUACAUCAAGAGUAGUAUGGCGGUUGAAAGUGAAUAAUAAUAGCAAAAUGACUGUCGCUAGUACUGUGUAAAAAGAAAAAGAAAAUAAUUGCUUUUUUAAAAAUUGGAUGUUAUUCAUUUAUAAUUACUGUUUUAUACUUUAUAACAUUUUUAAUAAUAAAGAUUUUUUUAUUGGCUAUAAAAUAACACUCAGAAGUAUUCAGAUAUUUAAAUAUAACAAUUUAAAACAAGGAGCACAUUUGUAUAAUUCAUUGAAGGCUUAGUUAUAAGCAUUAAUACAACCAUGCAAUGUAGUGUUGUGCCCAUCUUAGCUAGUAUAAAAAAUAUCUUUCAUUCUCUGCUUUAUUAAAUUACUUUUUUAUUCAACUUUCAUGGGUAUUUACAUGAGCAGGAAAACACAAGGUACAUGUGCUCUUGGACACAGUAGGAGUAGGUGGAAGUGUCUAGAGAAGUGAAAAACCAGAAAGAUAAGCAGGCUAUACAAGAUAUUUUCAGUCCUAAGGUAUUUAGAAUGCAACUUAAGUUAACUUUCAAAUUUCAAUUUACAUAAUGACUAAAAAUCAUCUUGAAACUUUUUACAGUAAUUCUGUAUAGCUUAAACAGUGACUUAAAAUGAAAUUUGAACUAGGGUAAAACUACUUAGCAUAAUACUGCUCUUAGGAAGGAAAUUCUGAGUAGUCAUUUAAAAUUUCCCAUUGCUGAGAGGUGGAUUGUACUCUUAAUGCUGAGCUUAAAAUCUAACUUCCUAACAGUAACCCCUUUCUACCUUAGACACAUACCUCCUUUUACUUUUUGAAAUCCAGUCUAGGUAAGGGGGAAUUGUUGCAUUAGUUAUAAAGAAAAAUAUUCUAUAAAGGAGAAAUGUAGAAAUAUUACUCCUUAUUUGUACUGUUUAGUCAAAUGCACACACUAAUCAAAAUGAUUGCUUCCAUUAAUUGAUAGAGAUCAAUCUUAACCAGUUAUCUAUAAAUAUCAACAGUUAUAGUUUCCCUGUCUAUAAAAUGGGAUUAGGAAGAAGGGGAUGUUAAGAAUGAGUUGGACUGAAUGACUUCUGUCAUUCUCCAAUUCCAAAUUUUGAAAAAUAUUGAUUGAUCCAAACAGAUAUUUUUGGAGUACAUUCUAUACACCAAAUUAGCUCCAUAAUUUUCUAAUGUAACAUAAAUUUUAUAGCAGCUAUUCCAAGUUUAUAAUUUCUAGGAUUUGUCCAAUCCCAUUGGCUAAUACUAAAUUUUAAAAGGAAGUAACAUUUUUCCCCCUCUGAACCAAAGGAAUGAGUUAAAUAUAGUUUAAAUAUAGUUUGAAAUACUAUGUAAUAGUAUUGAAAAUAUGGUUUGGAAUACUAUAUUAUGGAUUCAUCUACUUUUAUGUCUACUGUGUAGUCUUAAUAAUCUUGAUUUUAGAAAAUUUUUCAGUAACAGAAUUAAGGGGUAUCAAUUUCCAACCAAAAGUAACACUUCAGUUUGGCAGUCUGCAUAUUAUAAAGAAAUAGUAAUUGUCUAAACUUACUUGACUACUUUCAGAAAUGCUCUCAAUCCUUUUUGUGAUACUUGUACAUUUAGAUCAAAGAAUUUGCAUGCACCUAAUUAACAACUGAGGAAACAUAAUUUCCCCCCCUUAACCUAGUCAAGUACUUUUGUGGUAAUCUUUCUCAGAUAUGUUAAUUUCUAUAUUUAACAUUAUCUUUAUUAACAUAGUAAAUACAUUUUCAGAUACAUUCAGUUUAUAGUCUUUUACUUAAGCCACUUCAGUGGACCCCCACAGGCCCACAAUGGCCUUUGUAGGAAUUGGAAAAACUUCCUCCUCUGAGUGGGCAGAGCCCAAUUCAGUUUCAUUUAUGGCCAACAUUUUGCCACAUUCUAAAUAAUAUUGGACUGAUUUUCUUUAAUCAUAGUAGUGACCAUUCAGCAGAGGCCUAUACAUGGUAUGGGAAUCAGAAAAAGGCUGCUGCCUCUUUGGUAUUUCAAGGGUAUUAGUGCUGUCAACUCUUUGGGGAAAAAAGAUCAAAAUGAAGCUCUGUCAAUAUUUAUAAGAAGUACUUAUCUUCACUCCUUCAAAACAUGUAUGGUGAUAUUUAAGGAAAAUGUAGUUGAAUUUCAGGUCUUACCAUUGCCGUUAAAAACAAAUUAUACCAGAAAUUUGUUUUAACGGGGUACAAAUUUACUUGAACAUUCAGAAUCUGAGGCCUGUUACCCGUAUCAUUAUGCCAAACCAAAUAGCAGUUGCAGUAUGUAGCUAGUAAACAUGAACACAUUUACAAGAUUUAGUUUCACCAUUUCUUGCAGAUGAUUUUUUAAAAAUAUUUUUACAUAUUAUGUGGUUAUGAUCAAAUGUUUCAUAACUUGUAAAGUUUAAAUCAAAUAUGCAAUGUUUACUUGAAUUUUUUUUAGGAAGCAGAUUUUUGACUAUGUUUACAGCAUUGUUUAAAUUAAACAUUAUCAAACAUGUAAGAUUUCCAUUCAGUAAUCUUCAAAGCAAAUGUAUUUUUGGGCUUAGUGUUAGGGUAUGCAUAUUUGGGGCACUGAGUAGACAGUGACCACAAAUAGGUUUCACUUAUAUUUUGUCCUAGGACUAGUACUUACCAAUGGAAAGUAUUUUUAACUAAUCUAUUAUUAAGAAAUUACUCAUAUUUUUGCAUUUCAGCCAAAAAAAACCAUAUCUAAUAGUCUGUAAUACACAGAUAAUAUAUGAACCUGAUCCACGUGUUUCAUAUGAACUGAACUGUAUUUUCCAAUCUGAAUUCAAAAUGCAAUAUAGAUUCAGAAAGGUUCAUAUUUUUCUAAUGACUUCGCUUUAUAUUAUUUUGUUGGGUUGCAUAAAGAAGCAAGGAGUUGUAUUUCUAUUUAAAGAUUAAGAAAACUAUUAAGUUUAUUAUAUUUGUACAUGCUGCAGAUGAGGCUAUGCCCAUUUAAAAGAAAAGAUUGAUGCUAUUUUAAAGUGAUCUUUAAUAUGUUUUUAUAUAAACAAAUUUGAAAUACAGUUUACUUUGAUUGUCUUUACUUAUCAAGUUCCAUAAUCUUGUAUUUGUUUCUCAUAAGUAUAAUCCUGGACCAUGACUUAAUGUUAAUUCUGCUUUGUCUUUUGGGUGGCUUAAUCUAUAUUAACAUGAAGGCUGAAUAUUUUUAAACUUUAAUCAUAAUGAUUUACUUUAUUAAUAAAUAAAAAUAAAGUUCUAUAUUUGCACCAGUUUUGUUGUUGUUAAAAAGUGGUAUUGGGCCUCCCCAGCCUCCCCAGUGGCUCAGCGGUUGAGCACUGGGCUGCAAAGCAGCGCUGGUUCAAUCCCCAGCCGUCGGGCAAGGUUCCCACAUGGCGCACAGACCUCUCCUGCCGCCCACUGCUCCCCUCAGCAGAGUACUUUGUCAGUCUGCCUGCUCUGCUCUCCCCUCUGGCUCUGGUGAAUUCUCUCACUCUCCCGCGCUUCUGACUGUACCCAGUGCUUGUAUAAAUAAAUAAAUCUU